UGCCUGCUCCUUCAUGGUGCCUGGGCAGAGGUACAGCCCGCCCAACACAGGGGGGGCAUCCCGACCACCACCGGGUUGUGCCGGAGGCCUGACAUACCGCUGGGAAACUGGGACCCCGUGAGCCACCUCCGUUCUCCUCGAGGAAAGCUCCCGUGCCCUUAGUAAAGAUGGCGGAGUUAAUGACCGUGUUCCUUCCUAUGGUGACGCAACCAAUCCGGGCUUGCCCAUAACCAAAAUGGCGGCGACGGCUGCUUCCGGGUUUCCCGGGGUCGCUGGUAGGGUUCCAGGCCCGGCGCUACCCUGAGUUGGUGGGUCAGUGCGGACCGUGGGGAAGAUGGCGGCGGCCGACCGCUCCUCGAGCAUCGUGGAGUACUUCGGGGGAGAGGCCGGCUACCGCUGCGGCUACUGCAAGAACGUGACUGGCAACCUCUCCCACGGCAUGUGGGCACAUUCAAUGACCGUUCAAGAUUACCAGGAUCUUAUAGACAGAGGAUGGCGAAGAAGUGGGAAGUAUGUCUACAAGCCCAUUAUGAAUCAAACGUGUUGUCCUCAGUAUACAAUAAGAUGUCGACCUUUACAUUUUCAACCUUCCAAAUCUCACAAGAAAGUUCUAAAGAAAAUGUUGAAAUUUCUUGCUAAAGGGGAUUCUUCCAAAGUGGCUGGUGAUGUUACAGAAGAACCUAUGGAUUCCCACAGAGAGGAUGCUGUUGCUUGCAGUUUUGUAUUAAAAAAUGAAUCUGACAUCAGUCAAUCUGAACUGAAACCUCUGAGUGUGGAGGAGACGGAGGGGGUGGAGACUGAAGAUAAUAACGAGGAGGAGGAAAUGAAAAAAGAAGUAACUAUGAAGAAAGUGGAGUCAGAGCCUCCCCAGAUAUGUGUAGAUAAAGACAGUGCAGGAUCUGGUGAACGAUCAGAUUCAGCUAAACUUGUUCAUACAACAACCAAACCAGGAAAAGGGGCUGAUUUGAGCAAGCCGCCCUGUCGAAAAGCUAAGGACAUUCGGAAGGAAAGAAAAUUGCACAAGCUUCUUCAGAACCAGUCACACACACUUGAAGGCUCUCCAAGUCAAGUGGAACCUCAGGUUUUACUCUCUCAAAACUCUAAAUCUAAAGCGAAUCAGCCUAAGGCUAUUGAAGACUUCAUUUUUGUCCCCUUACCUGAUGAUGCCACACAUCAGUUAGAGGUGAGGGUAGUGAGAUCAUCUCCACCAAGUUGCCAGUUCAAAGCCACAUUUCAGGAAUCUUACCAGGUCUAUAAACGUUACCAGAUGGCUAUUCACAAGGACCCACCUGAUAAACCAACCAUAAGUCAGUUCACAAGAUUCCUCUGCGAUUCUCCACUUGAGGCAGAGAAUCCUCCCAGUGGUCCCGAUUGUGGUUAUGGUUCUUUUCACCAGCAGUAUUGGCUAGAUGGGAAGAUAAUUGCUGUGGGUGUAAUUGAUGUUCUUCCAUACUGUGUGUCCUCUGUGUAUCUGUACUAUGAUCCUGACUAUACCUUCCUAUCUUUGGGAGUCUACUCUGCAUUAAGGGAAAUUGCUUUCACGAGGCAACUUCAUGAAAAAGCUUCUGAGCUGUGCUAUUACUAUAUGGGUUUCUACAUUCAUUCAUGUCCUAAAAUGAGAUAUAAGGGUCAGUAUAGGCCAUCUGACUUAUUGUGUCCAGAGACAUAUGUCUGGGUACCUAUUGAGCAGUGUCUACCUACACUUGAGCACUCUAAAUAUUGUCGCUUCAACCAGGACUUAAAAGCAGUUGAUGAAGGUUGUAUUAAAGAGCUGGGCCGAGUUCAGGUUCUUCACAAGAGAACUGUAAUGCCUUACAGCAUGUAUAAGAAAAGACGGAAGGGGCCAAGCGAUGAAGCCAGCGUUCAGCAGUAUGCAAGUUUGGUGGGACAGACAUGUUCAGAAAGGAUGUUGUUGUUUAGAAGUUGAAGAGUUAUUAAAUGGCUCUUCUAUGCCACUAUAUUUUAUUGCACUGCUGUUGGAUGAUAAAUAAUACAGUUCUGUAUGACUAUUAAAAUAGAGCAGUAUAAAAUAUAAGUAUCUGUAAUAGGCUAUUGUGAAUACAUGCUAGUAUACUUACAAGCAAAAUCCGUUAACACUUCAAAUGAUUUACAGCAGGGCUUCAGCAAUAUGUAGAGUGUCUUAGCUAAACUUGCUUGCAGGAAUUUUUUAAAAUUAGGUACUUUUGGCCUUUCUUUGCAUUCUGAAUACCUUAAAGUACCCAAGUGAACUGAAUACCAAAUUAUUAUUUUUUUCUGUAGAGGCAAAGGUUAACUGUAACUCUCUCCCAGAUGAACAAUACAUCUAUUAGAAAAUCUCUCAUAUGACUCCCUGGAAAUCUGUGAUAAAAAUUGUGGAAGUUGUAGUGAAAUGUGUGUAACUCUUAGGUUUGUACAUGAACUAAUGCAAGAGACUUGAAGUGUGCAGUUACUUAAUACAGAAUGCUGCACUAUUAUAUCAUAGUUUAUUACCAUGUAAUGUAAAUAUAUACGGGGGCUCAUAAUUUCACUGGAACCAUUUUAUGUUAUUUUUAAAUAAUGUGUAUUACAGUGACGGAGAUCACACUGAACUUGGAAAUUAGAUUGAUUUCUCAAUGAAAAGGGUGAUAAAGUUUUGGAAAGCUUUCCCCUUUAGAGAUAAAACUGAGUAGUUCCGUUAUAAAAUUACCAAAGAGAUACCGCUAAGUGAUACAGUGAGUAAAUACACUAGCCUUAUACUUCUGAAAAGGGUUCAUAUCGGAAUGUGGAUCACAUGUGUAAAUGAGUAUGGUAGUUAGCUCAUGUGUACAUAUUACAAAACCAUACUCAAAAAACACCCAGGCCUUGACGUGAAGUACCACUGCUAUUCCGCACUGAGGUUCAUUUGAAGAAUUGUGUGGGGAAGCUUGCACAGCACCUACCUAUUCUCUACGCCUUAUAGCUGAGAGUGUUAGCAUCCCUGGCUUUCAUUUACACUGCAGCCACUCAUAGGAUGACACAUUUCAUUUUAUUUUUGAAUACAUAUUUGUACUAGUUUAAAAAUUCAAGAGGUUAUGUUGCUUUAUUAUAAGCACUAUAUUAUCUCAUAUAUUUGAAUAUUAAGUGUGCUCUUUUGCCAUCUUUGUGUCAGUAUCUGCUGAUAGAACCCAGUUUUUAGAUAGUUCAUCAAUAGAUUGCAAUAUCAUAUUGCAAUAUCAUUAUCAUAUUGUUAAUGUUUUUGCUAAAGGAAUCAGUACUUAAACUGAAUCAGUUUGAAGUUACAUAUUAGGCUUUCAAGAAAGUGAUUCCUGUUGGAAAAAAAGUAUCUUUAGGUGCUUACACUCUAAUGUACAUAAUCUGUGGAUUUAAAAACCAUCUUCAAUCCUUCAGGAACUUUGAUUUAAUUUUAAAUAGAAGCCAUGUACAAACUUUGGCACUAAUGAUAAUUAAUUGGAAAUGGAACAAGAAUAACUAAUUGAGGUCCAAGCAAUGAAAUUCAAGACGACAUUUUUUCUUCCGUUCUACUCCCCCAUUUAUGAUGAUCGUAAUAUUUGGUUUCAAAUUCAAGUUCAAGAAUAUUUUUGAGAACUCUUGUAUUUUACUCAACAUGGUUACUGCAUUGGUCUAGUCAAAGUCAAGUGGCAAUAAAGAAAUGAUUAUGGGUGUUAACAUCACAUCAAAAGUAUGAUGGUCAAGCAGUUAGAAUUCAGAGGUAGUUUCCAUAUGCUGUAAUUCACAUAGUUUAUCCAUGGUUCAACUGAUAGUAUUUUCACAGAAGAAAUAUCUAGAGUCUUGUUUUUCAAUGUGGACUAAACAGUUGAUUUCUUUCUAAAGAGGAAAUACUCUUCCUACACUGUGUUAAUGCUUCUUUGAGUGAUGCACAGUGACAACACAAAUUAAAAUAUAACCUUUUAUAAUACUUUCUACCUACAAAAUAUAUUGAAAUGUUGUAAUACCCAAAAAUAACUUUUAAUGUAAUAUACAUUUAUACAAAUUGAUCAGAAGGGCAGCAGCUCCCAGGGGUUUUGCUAUUAAAAUGCAACACUAUGGAUGGUAGGCUUCAGACUUACCAGGUUUAUUUUGGUUUGCGGACACUUGCGCAUUUCAUACUAAGGCCCUGAAUUAUCUGGGGUUAUUCUUUUGAAGAGCAGAGCUCUUGCUGUGUACUCAAUUAACGGAGGCGCAGAAGGGUACAGAGAUGAUACUCAAACUUAGGAUAGGCUUUUCCAAAGCACUCAGUGUUGGCCUAGCUCUACUCCCCUUGAAGUCAUCGGUUAAAGCUUGCAUUAAUUUCAAAGGGAGAAGAGCUCGGGUAAUGCUGAGUGCUUUUGGUCACAUCAUUAAUGCCUCAGAUAGAUAUAUUAGUUUGGUUUUUUUAAUUAAAGAAUAUUACAAUUCUUGGAAAGAUGCUUCGACCAGAUAUACAAUUAAAGAAAUAUGAGUUGUUUAACCAAUUGAAAUUUGAGGACUGUCAGGCUUGAUGUUGCCCUGUUUAGUUUGACAAGAGAAUGUACUUGUCCAUUUCCUAAAUGAACACUGAAUAGGUGUCGCCACUCUCCGAAUUUCAUUUCAAUUGCAAUGCUAUGGCUAUGUGGACUUUUGUAUUCUUUCUGUUAAACUUUACCACUUAGUUCAUCCAAUCUAAAAGACUGAGAUCUGAUUUAUUUUUUCUUUUCUGUUAUUUCAAAGGAGAUUAUUAAUACAGUAUUUGUCAGCACCGCUCACUCUACUCUUGUUUUGGAAAUGCUAAAAAAUAUCUAGGGUGAAAUCAAUGGCAGUUUUGUCAUGGAGUUCAGUGGAGCUGGGAUUUCACCACUAGUCAUUUUUAAUUUAGUAUAAUGUCAUGUCGUUGAGAACUACUGUAAUUAGAAGUUCUGAAUUUAGGAAAAAAUAUUUUAAACAUUACUUUUUUUUUCAGUGUCAGUAAAAGCUGGAAAGAAUUAUUCCCCAAAUGCUAGGUUAACUUUUUAAAAAUCUGUGUGGUUUCUAAAUGAACAGAAAAAAGUCAAGAAAAUGCAAAAUGAUGGCAAGUACUAAUAGAAUAUUUAAUUUUAAUUAGAAUUAGCUGGGAAGCAUAUUAAUUUCCAACAUCAAAAGACUUCAGCAAAUGUAAAGGAAAGACUUGCCUGCAUGUUGAGUUUAUUGUAUUUGUAACUGCUUUUCAGCUGGUCUGCUUGACAUUUCAAUACAAAAAAUAAAGUGAUUUCCUGUUU